AAAAAGGGCACAUGCUAAUUGCCUACUUCGGCUGCAUUUCGAUAUUUUAUCAAAACGGUGUCUUUCACAUUUCACAUCUCUCUCUUUUUUUUUCCACAUUUUCCCAGUCUACACCAUUUGACUGAGCACACAAGAUGUUCGACAUAGAUUGGAUGAGCCUUGCGCUCCCGUUUGCAUAUAUCGGUGUUCUUGGAGGUUCCUUGUACACAUUUUCGACAGUUUAUCGAAAACGCAAGGCUUCCGAAAAUGCGAAUCUCGAGCCGUGGUUCCCGCCGCAUCUGCAACGGAAUAUCUACCUGACUCUGCUACAUAUGGAGCCCGAAGCCGGUCAAGAGAAGGCGCCGAAAGUCCCCGAUAGCGUCAUCCGGGCCGCGCUGCUGCGGAGAGCUGUCGAGGACAUCCGUCGCAUCAUCCACAUCCGAACCUCGAAGCAGGCCCUUAACAGCUUACUGCAGCGGGGCAGCGUCGGUGAGGAUCUGAACCAGAGAUUUUUGAGGGCCGAGAAGGAAAUCGAAGAGGAACUCCGCGACGUAGUAACAGAGGCCAACGCUCUUUCUCCCGGCUGGGGCCAGACCAUCUUCCAGUCGGCAAACGAGAUCAUGGCGAACACGGUGCUGCGCGCGGGGCUCGAGGAGAUCGAGAGCCGGGGGGAGGCGGACAAGGAGUGGUGGGAGAAGCGGCGCGAGGCGAUCCAGAAGGACUUCAUGCGGGAGCUGGACGAGGAGUCGUCGACCAAGGGCUCCUCCGUCAAAGGUAGCGACGAUGACGCGGUGCUGGUCGACUCGGGCUCUUCUCCUACUACGCCCAGCAAGAAGAAGAAGGGCAAGAAAUGAAACGAGAACAGAUAAACGACCAAACGAACAAGUAAUCAACCUUUUGGAAUCUGGGAGGAGGGGAAGCGGACGAAGAGAGUCUCUUCCUGUUUGGCAGCCAUCCUGCACCGGUACCUACCUCCUAACAUAGUAUGUAUUAGCCGGUGGGCAUGUUUUGCAUUGCAUCCGGCGUUCAGGUGCGGGGGUUUACGAAGGGCUAUUGUGCGAGAGAGCACGACUGUAUUUACGUAGGUAGACUGACUACCAUGCUGGGCUUGUAGGUAUUAGUACGAAGAAAAAAAGAAUUGCAGCAUGAUUUAAAGGUUGGAAUAUGAUGUUUACUCCUUGGCCACUUAGUGUAUUAGGUAUUGAGCUCAUCUAUUCCGUAUAUCUUGAUUAGAUUGAGAGACUGCUCUAGCUAUAAGAUAGUGCUGCGAUAUCUGGCUCUAUGGAAUAUUCGCGGGAGGUUUCCCAUGAUAGAAGAUAUAUUCUUGCAUUGACAAUAUAGGGGAACAAACGACGUAAGUGAGGAGAAAGUCCAAGUCCAAGUUCUACUUAUAUGUUACGCCCUCCGCCCUGGUAUAGCGGUUUGCUUCAGCAUAGUUGUCAAGUAUGCAAUAAUCCCAAU